AUGGACGGCGCUGGAAAAGUUGGAGGAAAGGUGGGAGGAAAGGUUGGCGGUAAAGUUGGUGGCAUGGGCAAGGGUGGUAAGGGCAAGGCCGGAAGCGGGAAAGGCAAGAAAGCUCCUCUUUCUCGCGCUGCUCGCGCUGGUCUCCAGUUCCCAGUUGGUCGUGUUCAUAGAAUGCUGAAGAGCCGCAUUUCCUCAGAAGGUCGUGUUGGCUCAACUGCCGCCGUCUAUGCCUCUGCCAUAUUGGAGUACCUCACAGCAGAGGUUCUUGAGUUGGCUGGAAAUGCAUCGAAAGAUCUGAAAGUGAAGAGAAUUACACCCCGUCACCUACAACUUGCGAUUCGUGGUGACGAGGAGUUGGACACGCUGAUUAAGGCUACGAUUGCAGGCGGUGGUGUCAUUCCGCACAUCCACAGGUCGCUGAUGACCAAAGGUCCCACUACGCAGCCUCUGAAGAAACCCAAGAAGCCAGAGCUCGAGUAG